CCUUUGCAGGCGUAUUGCAAAGUCACCUUGAGAAAGACUGCUUCCAUUUCCCCCACCCCCUUCCGCCUCCUCCAGCAUCCGGGCACUUUAUAACACGUCGCCACUGCGCCUGCGUGCAGAGCCCGUAGCCGCUUCGACCUCUACCGCUGCCGGCCCCCGCAGAGCUCCAGCGGCCGCCCCUCCAGCCGCCCGGCAGCCACAGCAGCAGCAGAAGCCGCAGCCCCACCGCCAGUCAUGUUCGCCUGCGUGAACCUCGCCGCCGGCUCGCCUGCGUUGAUGCGUGCGGGGUCAAGAAUCCUGUACAGACCAAUUUCUGCCUCGGUGUUGUCUAGGCCAGAAAUCAGGACUGGCGAGGGCAACACAACCUUCCUUUCUGGACCUCAGGAAACCAGCAGUCAGUUAGCACUAAGGAAGUUUCAAACUAGUGCUGUCAGCAGGGACAUAGACACGGCUGCCAAAUUUAUUGGUGCUGGGGCUGCCACAGUAGGAGUGGCUGGUUCUGGUGCUGGUAUUGGAACAGUCUUUGGGAGUCUAAUCAUAGGCUAUGCCAGAAAUCCUUCUCUGAAGCAGCAGUUAUUCUCAUAUGCUAUUUUGGGAUUUGCUCUCUCUGAAGCUAUGGGUCUCUUCUGUCUGAUGGUUGCGUUCCUGAUCCUGUUCGCCAUGUGAAGAGAACUGCUGAACUCUGGCAUUAGUGAACUACAAAUGUGAUUCCGUGUACUUGGGCUCAGAAAUCGUUUAUCAUGGAAACGUAUGCUACUUCCAAAGCAGUUUAAUUAAAGAUGGUAACGAGUUUAAA